AUGUUCCCAUCAAGUCUCAAGAGGGGCAGGAGUGACCAAGAUCAAUUCAACCGCCGCGUCAGACGUAGAAAAUGCAACACCGCAGAGGCAGCCAAGACCGCCGAAGUUAAUAAGGUCGAAGACGCCGACAAUAAUGCUUGGUUGAGGUUUAGUGAAGACCCAUGGGGUCUGAACCCUGGUGACAGCUUGAGCGACGACCCAUGGGGCGUGAAAGCCUGUGAAAUUAAGAAGAGAUUGGAAAAGGUCUCCACUAGGCUUGUUGUUCAAGGUCCCCCGACAAAGGAUAGCUUUUGGAGGGCGGGGGAGAUACCUCUUGUCGGUGAGAAAGUGAUGAAGAAGAGGACCUUUGUGACGAAGGAUCGUGGCGAGACUCGCGUCAAUAUCACCAAUGAUAUGAAGGAAAGGGGCAGGCUGAAAGAUCUGCAACGCGACAGUAAAAGGUAUGAUACACCUGAGGGUGUCAUCAUACUCUAUUACGACGACGACGAUCUCCACUCCGAUGACGACGAUCCAUACUCAGAUGAAGAGUUCUUCAGCCGUACCUUUUAA